UUUAAAUGCAUAAAAUGCAUAGAAUUACAAAGGAAACCAAACAUUGAAAUAGAAUUAUCAAAAUGUUUAGAAGACAAAUUAGUGGAUCCCAGAUAGAAUCUUUAUCUUGUCUUAAAUCACAGCCAACAUGUUUUUAUGCUCUUUGUUCUAUUGUUUUCCACCUCAUUAUAUAAACUGAAGUAAGUAUCACUUGAGUUAGAUGGCCAUGUUCCUGUGUAAUUCACCUGUAUAAUAUAGCAUACAAAAUAUAUCCUAAUACAUAAUAUAUAAUAGUUUCUCCUGUUUUAAUUUACUACCAAAUCUUUUUUCCUCAUAGGAUGAGCUUAAGUCAGAUAGUUCAUUUAGUUGUAAGAUAAAACUUGUGGGGGCCACUAUCUAUAAUAGAAUUGAUCAAACAUACUUGAGAGUCCUAUAUUUAGUAUUUCUAAGUGAUCACAUUUUCAUAAAUUCUUUUUGCAUUUCCUUUUUUUCUGAAAAUUCUAAAUUGGGGUGCUAAUGUAGACUUCAUUUUUUUUUAAACACUGUAUUUUGGGCAACCUUUCACUCCUCAGUUGAUUAUUUUAAUGAGUGAUUAGCACCUUCUGCCAUCUACUGCAGGUAUGAUAUAAUACUCUCUUCCACCCAGUUCCUUAACUUCCCAACCCACAACUAAAUCCUAGUCAAUCCCACUCUGGAUAGCAUUAUAAUAUUGUUCUCGUUGCUUCCUAUGACCAGAAGGAAUCUACAGCAGUAACUUGAAGGUGUUCUUUCCAUUUUUUCCCAAACAAGCUUGAACAUUCUGUACAAGUAUUUAUUAAUCCAAAGAACAAAAAAAAACCCCACCCCUGUUUCAGUACUUAGACCCUGAAGUAUCAUUUGUGUCCUUUUUUUUUCUUUUUUCUUGUUUUCUUUUUUUUGUUCCAGUUUUUCCUAUUACCUAUGCCUGAUCCUAAAGCUUGUUUUCUUUCUUCCAUACAUUAACCCACACAUCCAUAGCAGCAGUGUGUAUGCUUGUUAUUUAGAACAUAGUGGCUGAAAGAAAAUAAGUUCUUUUAAUUUUGACUAGUUUCCUCAUUCCCUGACACCCAGUAUGUUCCUGAACACCUCCCUCUGCUGCUCAUCUGUUGUAUGCUAAAGGAAUAUCAACUUGUUUUUAAAUUUGAUGCUUGGAUUUUUUCGGUCUUAAAUUUAACACUAAAUAUUUAGGAAGGCAAAAUUACUGAAAUAAAUUUGGUAUAUUCCAAAACUAAGUGUGAAUUGCUUGUAGAUUAUUAGCUAUUUUAUCUCAUCCAUGAUCUGCUCCUUUCAUUAAAAUAGAUAAUUGAGAAGUUAAUAUGACUUCACUAUAGGAAUGGGAAACAUCUGUAUUCAUGCACAUGAAUGAUUCUCUGUUUAAUUGCUUUCUGUGUAAUUUCAAAUGAUGAAAUAAAACCUGGUAUAACCAAAAUUCUAGGGCAAAUUUUAUUACUAAAGUGAUUAAAUAUAAUACAUAUUUCUCAGUAACUUCAGUUAUAAACCAAUGCUGAAUAACCCUUUCUAGGUAGAUAUUUAUAUAAUUGUGGAAUUUACACAUUACCAGAAAUUGACAGCCAAAUUUAUUCUCUUUAUCUUCAAGAUUGUCCCUAAACAUAAGCAGUUAAUUGCUAACAAAGUAGAUGAUCAUGCAGAGGAGUUUUUACCAUUGGGGUAUUUUGGAGGUUUUUUGUUUGUUUGUUUGUUUGUUUUAAGUAGACUACCCUUUACCCUUCUUUCUCCCUACACAUACAUAUAGAACUUUUGGUUUUGUGUAAUAGAAUGUUUACUCAAAGCGUAUUCAUUUUUGAAAAAUAUGUUUGUAAUUUUAAAUUGCCCUGUAUUUUAUGCUAGUUAAUUCAAAGGAGCCUCUUCUACUGCCACACAAUCUCUUUUCCCUCUGUGUGCUCAAAACAGUGGAAGAGACUGUUGGGCCAGUAGGUGUGCCUCUGCAGAAGUACCUUCCUUAUAACAAUGCUUUAUGAGGUUGCUGCUCCCAUCACUCUGCUCAGUAAAAUUAGCUCAUCUUGUAAUGGAGGGGAAAAUUCGAGUCGCAGCGCAGAGAAGCGAUCAGCUGAAGAAGAAGCCGAAGACUUCUCAUCCAAGCCAGUGCCUGCAAAGAUAGCCAAGUUUGGAUUUGCCAUAGGCAGUCAGACGGCAAAGAAAGCGCCAGUCAUAUCCAUCAAACUUGGAGCGAGUAAGCCUAAAGAGACUGUUCCAACUCUUGCCCCUAAAACCCUUUCAGUAGCAGCAGUUUUCAAUGAAGAUGAUGAUAGUGAACCAGAGGAAAUGCCUCCAGAAGCAAAGAUGCGGAUGAAGAAUAUUGGAAGGGAUACACCAACAUCAGCUGGACCAAAUUCCUUCAAUAAAGGAAAGCAUGGAUUUUCUGAUAACCAGAAGCUGUGGGAACGAAAUAUAAAAUCUCACCUUGGAAAUGUCCAUGACCAAGAUGAUGACUAAAUGAUGUGUUUCCAGAUUUGGGUAUAGGGUGGGUGUGAUGUUAAAAGGAACAGUUUCCUUUUUUUUUUUUAAAAGGAGAAAAAAAAAAGAAUGAUAUAAGACUAUCUUUGGAGCCACUUUUAAAAAAUUGAGUGGUGUACUAAUAAAUGAAAGUUUGAAAUUAGAGGUAAUUUAUGUUUUAUAUACAGAUUUCAAGACAUUUGCUAAUUUUGUAGUUUCAUGUGAUUAGUUUCAAAAGGUUACAGAUAAUAAAGAAGUCAGAAAUGGUACCUUUUUAAGAAUUGCUUAUUUUUUUAGUCACAACUAUUAGCACAUUAAGGAGGAAGCAAAAGUUUACUGUCUCUUUAACUGUUCAAAUUGAAAACAACUACUUAACUCCAUGUUUACCUAAACUAUCUGGCUCCCAAGAACAGCCUUAUAGAGAAGGAGUGUUGUACUGGGAGGGAAGUGUUACUGGAACAUUGAUUUGAAAAUAAUUUAGACAAAAUACAAAUAUGACAAAUAUUUCCCCAAUGGACAUUUUUUUAAAGUUGUAAACUAGGCAUUGCUAACAGCAGCUACAGAAGCUAUAACAAGAAAAACCCAUAAUUACUUUUUUUGAAAUUUUAUGUAAAGUGUUUAAUAUAUACUGUGGCCUAAUUCACCUUAACAGGGCUUGUCCUUAACUUCAUUGGUUUUUAAAGGACAAGCAUUCACUGUGCAAGUAAAUCAGUAUUUUAAAUGCAUUUCUCUGAGUUAUUGGUAUUAACAAGCUCCUGUAAGCAUUUCUACCAGAACUUGAGGUAAUAUAAGGAAGCUGUUUCUUUUAAAAAGUAAGCCACCACCAAAAAUGUGAUUAAAAUAUGUACAUUGCUUAAAUGCAUUUGGCUUUUUUAAUUUUAAAAGAAGUGACACACCAAAAAUUCAUUAACAUUGUAUAAAGAUGGUGAAGAUGCACUUUCUGUAUUUGUCAGAACAUUAAAAUUACCAUUUUAGUGAAAGCUAAUUUGAAUUUAAGCAACGUUAAUUUUCUCAUUACUAGGCUAGUAUAUAGCUCAUUUGUAUACCUAUUUCUUCAUAGACCACUGGCCCAUUUCAGGUACUGAAAAUAUAAGAGAGUGCAUCUUUAAAAUUAUUUUAUGAAAGAUUUGACCACUUAUACUUUGAGUCUGUAAGUUCUGAGAGGUUUCUUUUGUAUUUUUGUAUUGUAUAUGUAAUCUUAAAUUUCUUUGAAAUAUAAUGCCGUUGGAACACCUGUUAUCAUAUCUUUAAAAGCUUUGUCAUAAACAAAUGUAUGAUGUUUUCUUGAAAAUUCCUUCAAUGUUGAAUCUGAAGGCAGCUUUAGACUAUUCUUUAUUGGUGGUAACUGCCAGUUAAGCUCUUAGAAUAGGUAAUCGUUCCAGAGGAGCUGCCUUUGACUAUAUAUUCCUAAUACUUUUGUCCAGUUACAUUUAUAUUUAGAGUAAGCCCCACAUACAACAAUGAAAAUGUACAUAGAACUAUUAGUUCUUCCUUAUUUGACUUAACCAUAUCAAAAUUUAUAAAUUAUCUUUAGACACUCUAAUGUAGGCAGACUUUCCAUUUUUGUCCAUUUUAUUGUUAUGUUUAAAGUAAGAAUUCUUCCUCUUCUGAAUGUUUUCUUGACCCAAAUGAAAUGAUAGCCUAAGGUCAAGACAGGAGAGGGCAAUGACUGAGAUGAAUGUCUUUACUAAAAUACCAAUAAAUUUGUGAAACUCA